AUGAGUUCAUGGAAACAAGUUACUUGCGAUCAGCGCGGCGUUCCAAUGCUUAUUGAUGAGAUUAUUACAAAGCAAUAUCCAAACUUUUCGCUUACAAUCCCUCGUAUUCGCUAUGGAGAAAUCGGAGUUUUAACAUUAACAAAUAAAAGACUUAUUUUCAACGUUUAUCAAAAUCCAAUUGCAUUAGAAUUCGAUCUCAGUGAACUUGGACAAUUUACAACUGCUGCACACCCAGCCGAUGCUAAUGCUCUCGCAUUUUCAAAAUUUAAAUCAGCUUCUGGCGAAGAUUUUUCAAUGCAAGCUCUCAAAUUCGACUUGACUGACCUCGCAGCAAGAUUAUCCACAUCACAAAGCUCAAGUUCUGGCUCAUCAAAGAGAAUUGUCAAAAAGAUUUCUACAAAGAGCGCAAGCCGCGAAUUCCGUGGUAUUGCAGCUGCCAAGCAGAUUGAGCAAAAUGAUAUUGAUCAAAAGAAUGCCCAACUUAGCAGUUCUCUCGCAGAUAUUCAAUCACUUAAAGAAUCAGCACAGCAAUUACUUAACUUUGCCCAAGAGCUUAAGCGCAAAGGAGACUCCGACUCCAAGAGCGACUUAGAUGAAGUCUACGCCGCUCUCGGUGUCACAGAUUCAACAAUUGAAAAAUCCGGUGGCCAAUUCUCAGAAAGACUUGCCCUUCGAUUCGCUACAGAUAUCUCAAAGGUUCUUGAGGUCAAAGGCGGCGUUCUUUCAGUUGCAGAGGCUUUUUGCAUUUUCAACAGAAAAUUAGGUACCGAUUACGUUUCUCCGAACGAUCUUGCCGACGCCAUCAAGCACCUUCAAAGGAGACAGUACAAAGUCAAGGUUGAGACGAUUGAAGGCGUAACUGUCGUAAUUCUCGCAAAUAAGACAUACCAAGCGGUUUUAACAGAUAUUUUGAGCAAAAUCGACGAGGGAGAAUAUACUACACCACUUCUCAUGUCAAAGAAGACUGGUUUGCCAAUGUCUAUCGCAAGAAACUACUUGUUACACGCAGAAGUUGAUGGUGUCUUCUGCCGCGAUGAUUCUAUGGCAGGACUUCGCUUCUACAAGAACAAUUUCAAGAACUUUAAGCCAAUGUCAUAUUAA